UCUUCAGGCAAAUGUUUUGUUUACUCCAGGUGCACACAAAAAGAAAACAAAUGUCUCUGGUGGCAGAUUAUAGCGAUUCCUCCGAGUCCGAUGGAGAGAGCAGUAGCCUAUCCUCUGAAGACGAGGAGCCCAAGCCUGCCCCGCCAACAGAGAAGCCUCCUCCCAAGUUGCCCAGUGCAAGUCAAGCUCUGUCCCAAGGAGCGGGCAAGGGCGAUGUCUUCAGCAAUCCCUUCCUGGAGGCGGAGCUGCACAAGACCGCCUCACUGGAGCGGCACGUCAAGAUGGUCGACAACGAUGCGCAUCUGCAGUUGAAGAACGGUCGAAAAAUUUGCUGGAACUUCAGGAGGGGACGUUGCCGCUUCGGCACCAGUUGCCAGUACGCCCAUGAUUCCGACUUGUCCGUGGACGACGCGGCUGAGAAGAGUGCAGUACCGGUUCCAUCAGUGGCCGUGGUCAUGACGGCAGCUACGGGGCAACCCAACAAGCGGAAGCGUCCUGGACUUGGUGAUGCUUUGCAGCCGGGCAAGCGGGUAAUGAAAUCAUACAUGCAGCAGAAUCCGCAGAAUCCUUUUUCGCGCCGCUAAGCCACGCCGGCCUCUGUGGUUCGCAGCAGGCAGUGGUCACCAUCGGGGCCGUAUGUAUUGGAGAUUACAUGCAUCGAACGCAGGCCAUCGUCUUGGCGGGUGAAGUCAUCAUCCUCUGUCAGCUCCAGCGACAGCCUUAGUGUGCACACCGAGCUCCAGUAGGCACCCAGCAUGGGCUCCAACUUUACUGGCGCAGCGUCCUCAUUGUUGUCAGCGUCCUCAUUGUUGUCAUCGUCCUCUCCGUCAUCGUAACCAUUAUCUGUUAAAACAACGUAGCAAAUAGUUUCAAUUCCAUAAUAUAGAAUUGUAUAAAGUGUA